AUGACAACCUCUGGUAACAACUCUCCUUCCUCCGGUGAAGUUAUCUUCACUAACAACACAAACACUCUCUUCAACGUCAAUACUGCCAAUGUUACCAAGCUUCAUGACACAAACUACCUCAUGUGGAGUCUGCAGAUCCAUGCUUUAAUUGAUGGUUAUGAACUCUCCGGUUAUCUCGAUGGAUCUACCCCGCCACCACCUCCCACUGUUACGGUGAAUGACGCCACCAAACCGAAUCCUGACUUCACGUUUUGGAAACGUCAAGAUCGUCUUCUAUACAGCGCUCUCUUGGGUGCCAUGACGACCUCUGUUCAACCACUGGUGUCUCGCGCUACCACCACUGCCGACGCCUGGACGACACUUGCUGAUACAUUCGCCAAAGCUAGCCGCAGCCAUUUCAAACAGAUCAAAGACCAGAUCAAGGUCUGGACAAAAGGUAACAAAUUAAUUGACGAGUAUGUUCGUGGUCUAACUGUGCGCUUUGAUGAACUUGCUAUCCUUGGAAAACCAAUGGACCAUGAGGAUCAAAUCGAGAAGAUUCUUGCUGGCCUUCCCGAAGAAUACAAGCCCGUUGUUGACCAGAUCGAAAGCAAAGACUCUCCUCCCACCAUAACUGAAGUCCAUGAGCGCCUCCGCAAUCGUGAAGUCACACUCCGAUCUGCUGCCACAUCCACUGCCUUUCUGGUCUCUGCUAAUGUCGCUCAGUACCAACGCCGUAGUGACAACAACAACAACAACAACAAUUACAACUCUCGCAACAACAACCGUUCGUCGCAAUCCUCUUCCCGCUACAACAACAACAACAACUGGCAAGGUACCAACAACAAUAACAAUAACAAUCGCUCUUUCAGGCCGUAUCUUGGCAAGUGUCAGAUCUGUCACACCCAAGGUCACAGUGCUCGUCGCUGUCCACAACUCCACUCCAUUCAAUCAUCUGCUCCUCCUCGCUACAACAGCCCAUUUACUCCAUGGCAACCUCGCGCCAACAUGGUGGCUAAUAUGUCCUCUCCGGCUAUUUUGGACAGUGGUGCCACUCACCAUAUCACCUCUGAUCUAAACAAUCUCACCAUUCAACAACCAUACAAUGGUGGUGAUGAUCUCACCAUAGCUGAUGGCUCGACCAUGCCUAUCACUCACACUGGUUUAGCCCUUCUGCCUCUGAUGAAGGGAACCUCUUAUAGAGUGCUUGAGUCAUCAUGCCUUUGGAGAUGCCACACGUUCUGCCUCUGA